AUGAACACUAACAACAGAGACAGAAUUACGAAUACCAAUAGAGAAAGAGAUAGAGGGACGGAUAAUAGUAGAGACAGAGAUAGGGAGACGAACACCGACAAAGAUAGAGUGACGAAUACCAACAGAGAAAGAGAUAGAGUGACAAAUACCCGCAAGGAAAGAGAUGGAGAGAAUGAAAGCCGUAAAGAUAAGAAAGCAGAAAGCAGUAGAAGCAGAGAGACAGAUACCAGUAGAGAUAAAGGGACAGAUAGCAGUACAGGCAGAGAGGCAAAUACUAAUAGAGAGACAGAUACCAGCAGAGAUAGAGACAGGGAGACGAACGCCAACAGAGACAGAGAUAGAGUGACGAAUACCAGUAGAGAUAGAGAUAGAGAGAUAGAUACCCGUAGAGAUAAGGAAGCAGAAAGCAGUAGAGAAAGAGAGACCAGUAGAGAUAAAGGGGCAGAUAGCAGUACGGGCAGAGAGGCAAAUACAGAUAGAGAUAAAGUGAAGAAUACACGUAGAGAAAGAGAUAGCAAGAUAAAUACAUAUACAGACAGAGACAAAGCUAAAAAUACCAAUAAUAACAGAAAGACUGAUACACAUACGGAGAGAGAGCGAGAGACGAAUACCAAUAAGGACAGGACUGGUGAUAAGGAGGGGGAAAAAAGUAAGAAAAGAGAUCGAAGUAAUGCAGAAGAGCAAAGGAAAAGCAAACAGAGAAAGAUUGACGAUGGGUUUGAGAACUAUGUCGAUAACAUAGAAUUAGGAGAGGAUGCUGGAGUUCCAUCAUUUUCGAGCAGCGGAGGAUCCUCGCCAACAUCAUCAUCCUCGUCAUCAUGCUCCAACUCAACAACUAUCUCCCAGCCAGGAUUUGAUGAUGGCCUUAAAGCUAGAGCCCAGCGCAUUCUGAUGAAAGGGUUUAUGCCUGUAUGCCCAUCUGCCAGGAGGGACUGGACAACCGUCGAAGAAUUCAGUUUAGAGUCGAUGGGGAUCAAAGUAAAUUGGCCUCCUGAAAAUUGGACUAGAAUGACCCCGGACCAGAAACUUAUGUCACAUGAAUUUAUUUCUAUGUUCCUGGAGAAGACACUGGGAAAUGGCUUUCCGUUGCUAUCUAGAAGAGCACUGCUUGAUAAGUACAAUUUCAUGGCAUUGGAAGGAGAGGGAAGACCACAAGAGGAGGCAGAUUCUGGUGACAAGACCGAUGCAAAGAUUAGAUACUAUAAUUAUAGUUAUAUAAAGUGUGUCGCCAGGGGUGAAGUUCAGGACACAAGGAUGUCCAGGAGUUUGGUAAACAGCAUAGAGGGGGCCUGUAGGUGGGCCGACACUGAUCAUAUAACAGAAAAGUUAAAUGCUUCAGGUGUUAAACUGAAAAUAUAA